UUUCAAAUAGACACCGACGAAAUCGAGGACUUCCGCGAGGAAUUCCGCACGUGGAAGCAGUGCGGCGGUUUCGAGAACCGACCUCCCCCCAUCAUCAUCGAGACAUAUAUCGAUACAUCCCGCUUGAAAGGCGGCCAAAGCCUGGUGAUAGUCGACGAGAAUGGAAAGCGAUGGGAUGUCAUAGAAGCCAUGAACUCUUCCGAUUUCUCAAGCGACAGUAGCUCUGGCGGCCGGUCUAAAAAGUCAAAUACUCAACUCGUCCUGGAGAGGUGGCGUGUGGAGUUGAAGGGAGCCGUUCCCGACAAUAUUGAAGAGUUCGGGCAUCUGCUACCCACCAUAUACAAAAAGGCCAUCAUCUUCAUCCGGUCCAUAUAUACAACAACUGGAAUUUUGCCGGCUUGGAAACUCGCCCGAAACUCGAAAUCGAAAGGAUCCCACCCGGCUUUGCAAAUCAAAUGCCGCGUUUCUUCCGGAGACACACGGUCAUCGGGAUUCGACCCUUUGCGGAGUCCGCUCUACGAGGGGAGAGGCGAUGUGUCGACCGACUACAUGUUCGGCCUACUCGAGGUCCCUGUGGGUCGCUUCUAUGCGUCCGUUUCCUAUAGGAACAACUGCGACUUCAAGGUCGUCGAGACGGAAUCGUUACUGAGCUCGAGGAUUGGCCUGGCUAUAUCGGAUGAUAUAUUCAAACCCUCCUUGCCGGCUAGAGAUGACCGACGGGAGUCGUCGGCGGAAAUCGGCUCGUUACCUUACCAUCGCCGUGUUGCGGAUAUAACGGAGAACCAGCAACGAUAUGGAAGUCUGUCAACCUUCCACGGCGAAGGCCCCCACGGCACCAGCCCCAUCUCAGCCCUCAGAGCCAUCAAAUCUCCUGGUUCGGACACGACGUCACCGCCAGAUUCUCGGCCUGCGAGUGUUGAGGUCCCGCCUCACUCACUUCCCAUCAAUGCACCUACCAGACCGUCUAUCAGACCUGACGGAACAGCUGGAAUGGCUGCUUCGUUGCGGGGCGGCCCCCCUGCGGCUGUGGAAAUACCCAUUGUGGGCUCACCCAAACCCAGUGCUACCAACCGAUUCAGCAGUAGUUUCACGCACCGUCGUAAUAGAGCAUCAUUCGGCGGCGCAAGCCGUGCUGGCGACGACGAUCAAACCAGCAGCGGCAAGCAGAGUCUUGCAUCAUCGCUUGCACAGCCUGGGUCGGGACUGUUGAACGAGGCUGGUGGUGGAGGCAGCUCGGGCUCGUUCCAAACUGACGACGACAACAUCCAGGAGUUUCUGAAGGCGUUGGAAAGCAAGCGAACUCUGCAAAGCUUUGAGCCCACAAAGAAGGGAGAGUCGGCUACCAAGAGAACCACGGCACAGCUGUCAAAGUUCCAUCUCAUGCGGGAAUCCAAUAAUGCACUGACCGAGUCACUCAACUCGUCCAUGCAGUUGCAGCCGUCGUCGAGUUCUUCGAGUCGGCAACUUGCAAACGUGCCGGGCAUGUCUGUGUCAUCAUCACCUGGGAAGCCGCUUUCACCUCAUACGCCUCAUACGCCUGCGAUACCAUCACGGCUGAGCGAGAACUCAAGCGCCGACUAUGCAGCACCGGCGCAAGCCCCUAUACGAGCCCGAACCGGUCGUGCCUCGGAGAUACCUGCCAGCGUUCCUGCGACCCUGGAGGGAACAACCGCCAUCGACAUUCCUCUCUCGCCAAGACCCUAUCCUCACGCAAGACGGUCGAGUUCUGCGGCUCACCAAAAUAGGGUGCUGACCGACGACGACGAUGCUCAUCGCAGCCUCAGCCUCGGUGCGGAUGAUCGUGAGCCACCUAGUCUUAGUGCUUUGCUAGGUCGGCACGAAGCCGCCAUCGAGGAUGCGGACGGAACUAGGGAUUCGCCCAUCCUGCAAGCACCUGCCGAUAUCAGAGCUGCAGACUCGUCUGAGAUGCUGAGACAGGGGUCAUCAUCGGCCGAGAGGGAAACCAGACCACCAGGCAGCCUAUUCUCGAGCUCGCCCUACAGACGUUAUGGCAUUGGCGGUGGACGCGGGUCGAGCACGCCGCAGUCCGGCAACAGCAGCCUGACGGGGACCAGUGGUAGAUAUGGCCGGGGCUACUCACGCGGUGGAGCGACGGGACUAGGCGUUACUGGUGCACCUUCAGAAGAGACGGAGGAGGAGCCGCUGCUCUUUGACAUGUCCGAGCUUGGACGUGAACUCAACCGACGAAGCUUGGAGGAAGCAAGAGGAGGUGGAAACGUAGGAUCCGCACCCGAGCGAGGUGGUUAUGAUACCUCGAGAGGCGGCAGUCGCCGUUGGUAG